GCACAAAUCGUAAGGCGAGGGUAAUAGUAUGGAGUGUGAAGAGACAGCCCGGCUGUUAUCACUAUCGCACGCAGUCUGUGCGCAUUCCGAUCACAACACAACUCCGAAUUCCGAACCGAGCCUGUGUAUAUAUACUGCACCUCAGUUUUUGAAGAAGAUGGAAAAGGACAACAGAAUCACCCUCAAGUAUGACCGCUACUGGCAAUCUCAACUUUCGUCUCGCUACGGUUGAAGAUGCAAUUCCACUGGAGCGCCUCAUAAAUACAGCGUUUCGCAACGACACAACCACUCAAGUCUACCUAUCAGCCGACCACGAACGAAUCGACAUAACCAGCGUCGAUGGCAUAAAAGCUAGCAUCACUCAACCCGACCGUGCAGUGUAUGUUGCGACCGAUCUGGCUGGCGAGCUAGUGGCUCACUGCAGCGUGCGUAAACUGGAUGAGACCUGCGCUUGGUUCGGCAUGCUUGCUGUCAACGUCAACUGCCAAAAUCGCGGGUUGGGCAGCCAGGUGCUUGCCUACGCCGAGAAUUAUGCCCGUCACGAGUUGGGAAGUAAGAGGAUGGAACUCGACGCCGUCAACACGCGUGCCGACCUCAUUGCAUGGUACAAGCAUCGAGGUUACCAGGAGACGGGAGAAACAUCGCAAUUCCCAUAUGAGUACCACGGCGACUGGAAAGGAGUCUUGAGGAGCGAUCUGCAGUUUGUUCAUUUUGGGAAAGAUCUGUAAUUGCGUGAACUGUACUCGCCUCAGAAUCAUGUAUAGUUGCUUGACACGAAAAGAACUGAAUAUAAUACCUUGAUUCCGACUAUGGAUUGGUAACGGCCCUUCUACUGUAUAAUCUCUUACUAAAGCGUGUUAUUCAAGACUAAGAGUCAACGUCGUUGGGGGAGAGGCCUAAGAAGUACAUAAUCGCAGUAAUCAUUAUCAUUCACUCUUUCCGACAACAUUGUUUUUCUACUUCUAGUCCAUAGCAACCAACACUGCUUACUAGCUAGGGUAACGGGCCUCCAGUCGAUUCACUCAAAUGUUCCCGACUUGAGCUUAGCCUAGUCCUUCAUGACUUG